CGUCGCUCCCGCGCUGGGGCACUGGGUUGGCCUCAGUCUGCGGGUCGCGGCUGAAGUGCCGGCGGCGAAAGGCCGCCAGCCGCGCGGCGUUGGCUGUGGCGUCGCGGUGGUUUUGUCGUGACAGCCACGCCGAUAGUAGUUUCUACGACAACCGGAGCGGCCGCUUUAGUCCCCAGCGGGCUCCGCAGCUGCUUGCCGGGUCUCUGUAGCGCGCGACCCGGUGUUCCCGGACUCCUCGCCGGCAACGACCCUGAGCCGUCAGCUGAAGAGACCGGCAAUGGCGGCCUCGACUGCUUCGCACCGGCCCAUCAAGGGAAUCUUGAAGAACAAGACCUCCACGACUUCCUCGGUGGUGGCCUCGGCCGAACAGCCCCGCCAGAACGUCGAGGAGGAACUGAGUAAAAAAUCCCAGAAGUGGGAUGAGAUGAACAUCCUGGCAACAUAUCAUCCAGCAGACAAAGAUUAUGGUUUAAUGAAAAUAGAUGAACCAAGCACUCCUUACCAUAGUAUGAUAGGUGAUGAUGAAGAUGCAUACAGUGAUUCAGAAGCCACUGAAGCCAUGACUCCAGGUAUCUUAGCUAAGAAAUUAGCUGCUGCUGAAGGCUCUGAGCCAAAGUAUCGAAUUCGAGAACAAGAAAGCAGUGAAGAGGAGGAUAAUGACCUCUCACCUGAAGAGCAAGAAAAAAAGCGACAAUUUGAAAUGAAAAGGAAGCUUCACUACAAUGAAGGACUGAAUAUUAAAUUAGCUAGACAAUUAAUUUCAAAAGACCUACAUGAUGACGAGGAAGACGAAGAAAUGUUAGAGUCUGCAGAUGGAGAAAGCAUGAAUAUUGAAGAGUCAAAUCAAGGAUCUACUACAAGUGACAAACAGCAAAGCAAAUCGCAAAGUUCAUAGAAGAAAUUUGUUCACCAUUGCAGUUGUUUUGUCAAAUACAAACCCUGUUGUUAUAAUACACUGCUUCUUGUUCUAUACAAUUCAUGACUUACAUACCAAAAUGCAUAACAAUUAUUAUAUAUUGCCAAGAAUUAAAUGGUAAUCUAGAGAUUGAUUAGACUGAAAUGCCUAAUUAGUGCAUACAUUCUUGUGCCUCGUACUUCACCACAAAUUCAGUGUAAUGUCAUUAGUCCAAAACUGCUUUACUUUUUUAAGUACACUGGUUAAUUUGUAUGAGAUAUUAUAUAGCUUUUUAUGCUUUAGAGGGUAAAUGAUGUCUUUUUUGUGGGGAGGGGAAUUAAUUUAUAUUCAUCACUCCUAGCUGUACCUCUUACAAAAAGUUUGUUGAGUCUUUUUUUUUUUAAAUCAGAAGCCAAUUGGAACAACGGGAUAUAGAGGUGCAUAAAUUUUCAGGCUGAAAGGUAUUUUAACACUUGUCUUCAACUUGAUUUGUCUAUUAAGCCUCGAGAAGGAUUGUAAGAGCAACUGUUGCGUUUUCUGUGACCUUUAAAAUUCCUGUUGAGUUUUCUUUGUGUUUACAAGGAAAUAAUUGAAAUUUUUCUAAUCAAAACUAGCUUUUUUUUUUUUUUUCAUAAAUUAUCAAGUUAAAUUUGCACUAAUGUCUGCUCUGCUUGCUUGUUUGGGUGUCCUGAGCAGACUUCAGAUCAGUUUUUUAAUAAAUAUAAUUCUAAUGUAGCUAUUUCAGCAUUCUCUUUAUUUAUCUGUCUUAACCUACUGCUUUUGUUUCCUGCUCCUUUCCACACAUACAUGUAGAAGUGUAUGGACUGUAUUAAAAGAUGGCAAAGGUUGUCAUGGCAUUAGGAACUCUUCUUUCUCUCACAUAUUCUGUCAUUUGAAAUUUUUUGACCACCAUUGCCUACAUGAAGAAGAUAGAUUGCAGUAGUGUAGACAGGAAAUACAACUCAACUGCUCAGUUUCUAUAUCUCUCUGAUUUUCUGCUUGAUAAAUUGCUAUUGGUUGAUUUGACUUAAUUAGACUUUAGAAAUCAAUUAACUGAGGCUUUUUUGCAUGAGAGAAUUGUAUGUAACCAGUGAUUGUUCCUGAAUGUACAGACAGAAUUAAACCUGAACAUUUUUUUAAUUUAAAAAAUUUAAACAGUCCCUACUUUAAGGGAAUAUAAUAACGUAUACUAUGACAAAUGUACUUUUAUUCUUCUAAUGCAGUAAGAAUUAUUUGGAUUUUCUUUUCCCAAAAUGAAGUGCAGUUCCUGUCUAUCUUGGUUUAGUGAUGGUUUUAUUUCUAGUCAGUUAUUUGUAUCUUAAUUUUUGUUAGUACCAAAAGAAUUCAUUAUAUGAACAUCUUUAAAAUAAUAUCUGUAUAUUAUAUAUAUGAAAUGACUUUUAUUUAACAACUUAUCUUCCACUCCAAGUUUAUGGAAGUAUCGGUAUAUCAAAAUAAAAAGU